AAAGGUUCACAACAGUAGCUGGACUUUUAAGAGUUGAUGUUAAGGUGUCUGUUGAAGGAGAGGAGAGCAGGCCUGGAAGGUGUAAGCUGGACCAUAUGGACUCUGGAAUAUCAAGUUCUCUCUCCAGCAUGUCGAUGACCCAGUCCAGCCCUGGUACCCCUGGUCGACCCCCCCACACCGCUGCCCUCGGGCCCCUCCAGGCUCCUCUCGGCACUGCUCUGGUCCAGUUCCAGCUAGGCCUCUUCAGGGAGGUGGUUCGGGUGUCUGCGGGGCAGCUCAGCUACUGCCAUGCCAAGAGAGUGGCUGCAGAGAUCAUAGAACGCAAGGCUCCAGACUGUAGUGUGGUGGGUGUUGGGGAGAAGGUCCUCCUGUUCAAACACCAGACAGGCUCGGAACAACUCCUCCACAGACUCACGGACCAGGAUGCACUGCUGGACGGCGACCUCAUAGAGAUCAUCCUCUCAGGAUCAGCUACUGUGACGGGGAUAAAGAUCCACCCACACUCCCUGGCUGUCCAAUCAUAUCGCACCCCCACCUUCUGUCAUCACUGUGGGGAGAUGCUGUGGGGGUUGGUACGUCAAGGGUUAAAAUGUGAAGGUUGCGGGUUAGACUUUCAUAAGCGAUGUGCGCUGCAGUUGCCUAGUGACUGUAGCCGUGCACGCCGUCGUGUGUGUGGCCCCAGCCUGUCCUUAUUCCCCCCUGCCAGGCCCCGGACACACUCCCUCUCCACACCUGCAGGGGGCAGUAUGGAGGAGAUCAGUAUGUUCAAGCCCAGGCCCAGACCUCCGUCGUGGGCAGAUCAACCGGUGUGGCUGGGGGUGGGCCAGGGAAAUGGUGGCGUGGCGGGCAGGGCCAGGGUGCCACACACCUUCCACAUCCACAGCUACACCAAGCCCACCGUGUGCCAACACUGCUACCACCUCCUUAAGGGCCUGUUCCGUCAGGGCCUGCAGUGCUCCGACUGUAAGCUGAACUGCCAUCGUCGCUGUGAGUCCUCCCUGGUCCCCGCUGACUGUCCUGGAGUGAGGACGAACGCCAAUGGGGAAGGAGACUCCGUGGCCAGUCUGGGCUAUAAGGACGACACAGAGGAGGAGGAUAUGAGAUGCAGUAUGACAUCACUAGAAGACCAUGACGAUGAGCCGUCUACUGAGGACCCAUUCGCUGAGAUCAAGGAGGUGGGACAACAGCCACCAAUCACUCCGUGUUUCAGUAGUUCUAUUCCUCUGAUGCGGGUGGUCCAAUCAGUUCGUCACACUAAGAGAAGGACCAGUGGAGUUCUGAGAGAGGGCUGGCUACUGCAUCACACCAACACCGACACACUGAGGAAACGUCAUUACUGGAUAUUGGACUGGAAGAAUAUUACUCUGUAUCAGAAUGAGACAAGCACCAAGUACUACAAGGAGCUUCCUCUGUCUAACGUGCUGCAGGUGCGAGGCCCCGCCCAGCUGUCUGGCCCCUUGUUGCCAGACAACAGUGCGCACUCGUUCGAGGUGGUGACGGCCACGCUGGUAUACUGUGUGCUGGCGGGCAGGGACGGGCAGGCCUGGGAGACCGCAGUACGCCAGGCUCUGAUGCCCGUCCAGAGCAGCGGGCAGGCGGGCAAACAGGGACAGGACCAUGGACCCCAGAGUGGAGAGAAACCAGACAUCAGUUCAGUGUAUCAGAUCUUCACUGAUGAGGUGCUUGGUUCAGGACAGUUUGGAGUGGUGUAUGGAGGCACCCACAGACAGUCUGGUCACCCAGUGGCCAUCAAGGUCAUUGACAAAACCCGUUUCCCUACCAAACAGGAGAGACAGUUGAGGAACGAGCAGGCAAUUCUACAGAAUCUGUCUCACCUGGGCGUAGUUCUACUGGAGGGAAUGUUUGAGACCCUGGAGCAUGUCUUUGUUGUCAUGGAGAAGCUCCAUGGAGACAUGCUGGAGAUGAUUUUGUCCAAUGAAAAGGGCCGUCUGCCAGAGCGCACGACACGCUUCCUGGUUACACAGAUUCUAGAGGCCCUGCGCUACCUGCACUUCAAACACAUUGCUCACUGUGACCUGAAACCUGAGAAUGUAUUGGUGGCCUCCCCAGAUCCUUUCCCUCAGGUUAAGCUGUGUGACUUUGGCUUCGCCCGAAUCAUCGGCGAGAGGUCUUUCCGCCGCUCAGUGGUGGGCACGCCGGCCUACCUGGCGCCCGAGGUCAUCAGUAUCCAUGGUUACAACCGUUCGCUGGACAUGUGGGCGGUGGGCGUGGUCCUGUACGUCAGCCUGAGCGGAACGUUCCCCUUCAAUGAGGAUGAGGACAUCAGUCAGCAGAUCACCAACGCUACCUUCAUGUACCCCCGUCUGCUCUGGUCUAACAUCUCACUAGAGGCGGUGAGUCUGAUCAACAACCUUCUCCAGGUGUCAGUGAGACGUAGGUUCAGCGUGGGGAAGGCCCUGGGACACGCCUGGCUACAGAACUUCCAGUUGUGGUGUGACCUGAGGGAGUUUGAGCAGAGGAUGGGCUGCCAGUACCUGACCCAUAAGGGAGACGAGGACCGCUGGAGACACCACGCCCAGGAGAGAGGCCUGCUCUUCCCUUCUCACCUCCCCUGGACCCCCGGGCACGAAAACAGCCUCUGACCCUAGGCCCAAAGGUGAAAGGUCAAUGGACGGACAAGAUGACUACUGGUGUGUUUCAGUGGUGACCAGCAAAAAGAAAAUGAAUUCUGUUGAAAUGAUAAAGAAGCACACAGCGAACUAUGUUUUCUUUUUAUGGACAAAAGUCUUAUAUGAUCACUGUGAUUUUUUUAGCCAUGAUACCCCUAUACUGCCUGCAUCUGAGUGAUGGAAGCCAGGAGAACAGGCCGUGGCUCGGGUGUGUGAAGUCCUCGAUGAUCUUCUUGGCCUUCCUGUGACACCUGGUGUUGUAGGUGUCCUGGAGGUCAGACAGUGAGCACCCGAUGGUGCGUUGGGCUGAGCGUACCACCCUCUGUAGAGCCUUGCGAUCAGUGUGGUUGCGGUCACAGGCCGUGAUGCUCUCGAUACCCCUGUCCACUUGAUGGUGCUGCUCACCAAACAAUAAACAGUAUUGCUAAUCCCUUGACUCGACACUCAGUAACUUGCUUAAUUUUUUAUCAAAUAUUUGCAAAUGUAUGGUGUUUAAAAUCAUCUAUAUAGAGUGAAAAAUAGAUACAUUUAAUUGGUUCUAUUGUUUAGGGGGUCAAUAUUAAAGCCUCUAAAAGGGUUUAAAUCUCGGUUGUCUUUCUAUCUCUAUCGCUCUCUCCUCCCCCUUUCCCUCUAACCCCGCCCUCUGGCAAAACCCCUCCCACAACCUCUUCUGAGAAAACAAAACUGAUCAGUCUCAUCUCUCUCUCCAGAGGAGUCAUGCCCAUAGGGGGCACAGAUUUAUCCUGUUUAAUUUUUGUUGUUUCUCUGUAAUAAUACUAGCAACCUAGCAAUUGUAUAAAGUUGAAUUUAGCUAGCCCAGAUAGGUUCCCAAUCUCCCAACCUCAUAGCUAGCUACUAAGAAGCCAUUUCUAGAGUAGCUAGCUUGUCUAACUAUAGUAUAUUAGCUGGCAUGCCUGCUGGCAAGGUUGGUGGACUUUAGAAAAGCAAGGAAUAACUGAAGGUACUAAAUAAUUCCUUUCAAUCUUAUGCCCAGAUUUUAGAAGAGAUGCAGAGAAGGGUAUUUAGUUUCUUUAUAAAAAGAACAACCAGUCUGGAGGGUACAGACAGCUUAAGAGUUAUGUUUAAAUACGCAGAAAAAUUGACAUUUUUUAAAUAGAAUUAAGCAUAGCGAGUGUGGCUCUAGAUAUCAGGAAAAAGAUUAUUCAGGUGUUUGAAACAUGCUAAAUUCUCCACCUUUCAGACUGACGGCCUAGCUCCCUCCAGAACUCCCUCAAGCCUCCUCAUGUACUUUGUUCCCCCUCAGACUUUUGGGCUGCAAGACGCCUCUGUCUCUCUCUGUCUCUCUCUGUCUGUCUUUGUCAGUCUGUAUGUCACACUCUCUUCUCUCUCUCUGAACUGUUUGUGCUUUUUCCUACUCCAUUUCCAUUAUCAAUCCAAACUGAUCGGAGUCUCUGUGUGGUCUGUCUGU